AUGGCUUCGGCUUCUCAAUUCUUGCUUGAGGAUCAAACGGACGAGGAUUUCUUCGACAAACUUGUUGAUGAUUCCUUCUCUCCCACCGAAGCUCAGGCUUCAUCCUCUGCUCAGCGGCUUAAAUUCGACUACGGUAGUGACUCUGGUGACGCUAGAGCUUUUUCGAAUCUCUCCAUUGUUAACAAUUCUGUGGAUGAUGGUGAUGGUGAUGGAGAUGGAACAUUGAAUGAAGCUGAAUUUGGGAACAAUGUUGCAAACGAGGAGGAUGCAACUAGUUCGGUGGGAAAAGAAGAGCCUUCAUCUAUUGCUCUGGAAGCUGUCCAAUCUGUCCACAGUGAUGCAAAGAAUGAUGAACUAAGAUCGGAGGUGGCUGAUAUGCCACUACCUGAAACAGCAACAGAGAGCAAAAUAGUUAAUGAGCCCAGGAUUCCUGGGGUUAAGGAGCUUGAUUGGGGUUCGUUUGAUGCGGAUACAACCGUAAAUGACGGUCGUGGGUUUGGUUCAUACUCUGAUUUCUUUACUGAGUUGGAGGAAACUGCAGGAAAUUUACAGGAAAAGGCGGAGGUAAAUGUGGCCAAUGGAGGAAAUCUAGCAUCCAAUGAAACAAAGAAUAUGAGUGUUGGUUUAGAUAAUAAGGUAGGUUGUCAGCAACAUCAGGGUGAAGUGAAUCACGAUUCUGCAAGUGCGCAGUACGUGGAUAACAGUCAAUCUUGGGAAAAUCUCUAUCCUGGAUGGAAAUAUGAUGCAAGUACUGGCCAAUGGUAUCAAGUUGAUGGUCAUGAUGCAAGCGUGAAUUCACAGGAGAGCUAUGCAAACUCAACGAGUAACUAUGCAAACUCAACGAGUAACUGGGAUGGCGUUGCUUCUACUGAUAACUCAAAUGCUGCUUAUCUGAGACAGAGUUCAGCAACUGCAGUGGCUGGUACUGCUGAGACUGUGUCUGCUUGGAAUCAGGUUUCACAAAUGAGCAAUGGAUAUCCAGAACACAUGGUCUUUGACGCGCAGUAUCCGGGAUGGUACUAUGACACAAUUGCUCAAGAAUGGCGCUCCCUGGACAGCUACAACCAGGCUUCUCAAACAACUGGUCAAGCUAAUAAUCAGCAAAUUCAGAAUGGUCAUGCUCAUACAGCCAUGUAUAACAGUAAUAGCGUGUAUGAUGUUCACGAUAAAAAACAGACAUUCAAGGCACAAGAAUUUGGUAUCCAGAGCCAACACGGAAGUUGGGACCAAUCUUAUUAUGCCAACAAUCAGCCGCAGGCUACAAAUAUGUGGCAAUCAGAAAAUGCAGGUAAAGCUGAGGCGGCUGUAACUUCUGCCUCUUUAUCAAACUUUGGAGGAAACCAGCAAGUAAAUAAUUUGUACAGUACAGGACCUGUUGCUGAACAAUUUAAGCCAAAUGAGAUCGGAGUUCAGAGCUUUAUCCCUCAGCAUAUGAAUGGGGCUAGUGUCACACAGAAUGGACCUUCAAGUUUCUCGAACGAUCUCUAUAGUAGACAGAAAACUUUAGAUGAUGCUCCACAGUCAUUUCAGAGCAAUCAGCUUUUCUCCCCAAGUACAGGCAGAUCAUCUGAUGGGCGACCACCAUAUGCACUUGUCAAUUUUGGAUUUGGCGGAAAGCUCAUUGUUAUGAAGGAUAAUAAUGGUUCUCUCCAGAGUUCAUCAUUUGGGAGUCAGGUUAGACCCGAACUGAACGGAAGUGGGGGAAGCUUUAUCUCUGUCUUAAACUUGGCAGAAGUAAUUUCUGGGAGUGCCUCUUAUUCAAGUAUGGGGGAAAACUCUUUGAGUUACUUCAGUUGUCUGGAUCAACAAUCUCUUCCAGGUCCCUUGGUUGGAGGAAAUGUUGGAAGUAAAGACUUGCAUAAGUGGAUUGAUGAGAGACUUUUGAAUUGUGAGUCUUCCAGCAUGGAUUUUUCAAGAGGGAAGCUUUUAAAGAUGCUUCUUUCUUUGCUCAGAAUAUCUUGUCAGUAUUAUGGGAAACUCCGGUCUCCUUUUGGCACUGAUGCAACGCAAAAGGAAACAGAUUCUGCCGAAGCAGCAAUAGCUAAACUUUGUGCAUUUGCCAAGAAAGAUGGCGUACAAAAUGGUUGUUAUGCUCCUUUUAACCAAUGCAUACAACAGUUACCACCUGAAUCACAAUUGCAAGUAACUGCUUCAGAGGUGCAGAAUCUUCUGGCUUCUGGUAGUAAAAUGGAGGCUCUCCAAUGUGCACAAGAAGGUCAUUUAUGGGGACCGGCGCUUGUUAUUGCAGCACAACUUGGGCAACAGUUCUAUGUUGACACUGUGAAACAAAUGGCCCUUCGCCAGCUGAUACCUGGAUCACCUUUACGAACAUUGUGCCUGCUGGUUGCAGGGCAACCAGCUGAAGUGUUCUCCACUGGAAGUACAAAUGAUAUCUCUUUUCCUGGUUCCAUAAAUGUGUCUCAACAGCAACCCCAGUUUGGAAGUAGUAGCAUGCUUGACAGUUGGGAAGAGAAUUUAGGUAUAAUAACUGCUAACAGAACUACAGAUGAUGAACUUGUGAUUACACAUCUUGGAGAUUGCAUGUGGAAAGAAAGGGGAGAGGUAAUUGCGGCGCAUAUUUGCUAUUUAAUCGCGGAUAAGAACUUUGAUCCAUACUCAGAUAGCGCCAGACUCUGCCUUGUCGGAUCGGAUCAUUGGAAAUAUCCUCGAACUUACGCAAGUCCAGAGGCUAUACAGAGAACAGAAAUAUAUGAAUACUCUAAGACGCUCGGAAACUCUCAGUAUAUCCUGUUACCGUUUCAACCAUACAAAAUCAUCUAUGCCCAUAUGCUGGCUGAAGUUGGCAAACUUUCAGCUGCACAGAAGUACUGUCAAGCAGUUUUAAAAUGCCUAAAGACUGGCCGAUCACCUGAAGUGGAAGCAUGGAAACAGUUUGUUGUAUCUCUUGAAGAGAGAAUCCGUAUCCACCAACAGGGUGGGUAUACUGUGAAUUUGGCCCCAGCAAAACUUGUAGGAAAGCUGCUAAACUUUUUUGAUAGUACGGCACAUCGUGUUGUUGGGGGAACGCCCCCACUUGCACCACAUUCAACAACAGGAAACCUACAGGCAAAUGAGUAUCAUCAUCAACAGCAGGAAGCCACUAAGUUACCAUAUAGUCAGUCGGUUAAUACAAUGUCAUCAUUGAUGGCACCUGCUUCAAUGGAACCCGCACAUGAGUCGGGUGGGAAUGGGAGGAGGAUGGCAGUACAUACUAGAAGUGUAUCAGAGCCAGAUUUCGGUAGGACACCAAUACAGGAUCUGGCUGACUCCUCGAAAGAAAAGGCUGAAGACGGGUUGAAAUCAUCUGGGACUGUGACAGGUUCUCGGUUUGGUCGCUUUGGUUUUGGCAUGCUGAAAGACACCGUUGGGAGGGUCUUGCAAGUUCGGUCAUCCAAAGAGGCAAAAUUGGGCGCAGAAAAUAAAUUCUACUAUGACGACAAACUGAAGAGAUGGGUAGAGAAAGGUGUGGAACCCCCAGCUGAGGAAGCUGCACUGGCUCCUCCUCCAACAAUAGGCACAUUCAAAAAUAACUCGUUGGGUUAUGAAAAUAAAUCUGACAUGAAUCCAUCAAAUGAUAACUGGAAUUCUGGCGGCCCAACUCCAUCAGAUAAUUCUUCAGGACUCCCACCAGUCUCACAGGGCUCGAACCAAUUCUCAGCUCGUGGACGUAUGGGUGUGCGGGCAAGAUACGUUGACACCUUUAAUCAAGGCCGAGGAAACGCUCAGACCAUGUUUCAGUAUCCUUCCCUACAAUCUCCUAAACCACCAAUCCCUGCAAAAGCAAAAUUCUUCAUUCCAGCAACACCUGUAUCGUCUUCAAACGACCAGGUAAUGGAACCGGCUGCUGCGGAAACCAGACAGGAGGAGAACUCGGCAGAUGAAGUAGUAGCCUCUUCUUCAGGGGCUCCACCACCAGCGAUGAUGCAGAGACAUCCAAGUAUGGAUAACAUCAAAAGAAAUGGAUUGGGAAUAAGCGUAAACGGGGAUCAUGCUCCUCCUGCUUCCAGAAGAACAGCUUCAUGGAGCGGAAACUUCAACACCUCGUUUACACCUCCAACUGGUCCUUCAACUUUCAAACCAAUCCUACUCAACAGUAGCUUAGGAGAGGAGCUUCAGGAAGUGGAACUGUAA